AUGGGCCCUCACUUCGGGUCGCAACAGCCACUGAGCCCCAGCGAUCACUCAGCCGGCGAGCCAUCUGUACCCCGAGUCUCGACGCGCGGGGUCGUCCGAGUCCGGACUACGGCUCUCUCCGAGGGCACCGUGAUUCCUCUCCUCGCGAAAGGACAAGGCGGCCGGAUCUCCAGCCUUCUGUCCAGCCGACCCGCCGACGGGGAUAGCAAGCUUCUAGUCAGCAGUCUGCUGUCCGUGGACGAGACCGGAAACCUGUCCCUCCUGCAGCAGGACCCUGCCUCCCAGGUGUGGCAGCAGUACCCGUUCUGGCACGCUUCCGAAGAGACAAUCACUGAAGUAAAAGGAUUGCUGGUCCGUCUACACACGACGGUCACCAACGAUAGUGACGGGGACGCGGCCGACCUCCUCCCCGGGUGCUGGCUGCGUGUGAGCUGUUCCGGUGUUGUUCGGUGUAUCGUCAACGGUCGCCACACGACUCUCUCGCCCACAGCAGAGUGGUACCAGACUGAUGCCAAAGGUGACUUGAAUAUCCUUGUGCAGACUGACGACGCCACGAUCCAUCAGUUCGCCGCCGAAGCGUACCGCCCCGCGCAGAAACCAUCGCAGUCGUCGGUGUCGUUGUCGUCGGCGGCAGCGGCCGAACGAGCCCUAACGGAUCCGAUCCUGGAUCCAUCCCAUAAGAUCCUCCCCAAGAUCCAGGACAUCAAAACCGGCGACCAAGUCAAGAACCUGAAGAAAGCGGAUGGGACGCCAUUGUUCGAGAAAACCCCCGACGAUUCGGACGGUGUUGCCAAGAUCUUCCAACAGCUCGUCGCCAGUGCAAAUGAUCUCCAUGCGCAGGAGAAACAAAAGCUGCAGACCUACCACGCAGCGAUUGCUUCUCCAAAUAGCACAAGCCCCGUCUCUUAUGGGUUCUGGUCUGAUAUAGGGGACGCCUUUGCUGGGGCGUGGCAUUGGCUCACCUCAGUUGCGGAGGAUGUCUGGCACUGGACUUGCGAUGUGGUUGACGGCGUGUGGAAGUUUAUCGUCAAGAUCGGCGAGGAGAUCUUCGAGAUUGCCCUCAACACCAUCACCUCGAUCGUGAAGGGCGUCAUCUGGGUGUUCAAGAAGAUCGGCGCCGUCAUCAAGGAUAUCAUCGAGUUUAUCAGUUUCUUGUUCGAAUGGGGCGAUAUCCUUGACACAACCGACAGUAUCGCCGCCGGGUUCAACGCGGCCCUGAAAUACGGCAAGGAGGCGCUGGACACGGCGGACCCCGACGCGCACAAGUGGUUGGAGAACGUCCGCUCAACCAUUCUGCAAAAUCUCACCUCUCUGCAGUCAAACGAUUACAACGGAGCGCGGCUGGGAGGCAGCAAUAGCAACAAGAAGAAGACCACGGUCGCAUCCAGCAUGGCCGGUGAUGCAGACGGCAUUGCAGACGACAAUGCAGACGACAAUGCAGACCAGGGCACCGACGAGGAUGAAGUCAAUGCGGCAGUGCCCUAUAACUGGUCGGCGUACUACUUCACCUACGGCGGCGGGACGACGAAUGCGGACGUUCAGGACGAAGUGCAAAUCAUCAUGAAGACGGUGACGAAUGUGGCCAAGGACCUGGUUGAAUUCUUCAACCCGGCCAACUUCCGCGUGCGAGAGGUCAUGGCCAAGGUGGGCGUGGACCUGGUCAACGGGAUUAUCGACGCGGUGGAGAAGCUGGCCGAUAUCCUGUUCGAUGCCCUGAAACUGGGCAUCGACCUCGUGCAGGACCUAGCGACCAAGGAGAUAAAUAUCCCCGUGAUAACGUGGCUCUGGAAGAACGUGAUCGCCCGGGGCCGGCCCCUGACGCUGCUGAACUUCUGCGCACUGUUGAUCGCGAUCCCGACCACGGUGCUGUACAAGGCGAAGAAGAAGCGGGCGCCCCCUAAAUUAUCUGGACAGUUGACGAAGAGCACUUUCAGCCAGUACGUGCAGGGCCAGGGCGACGCUUCGCUCGCGGCGGAUAUCCGAGGGUUCAGUGUCGCCGCGGAGUCGGGUGUGCUCCUCAUUGAGACAGAGUUCGACAUGCUUUCGCUGGGGCUCGAUGGUGCCUUCGAAGGACUCGGGCUCGAAUCCAUCCCCUUCGGACCGGUGGAUAGCAUCAUGAAUGUCUUUGAUUCGGCGUCCCUGACCUUUGCAGCUGUGAACGGAUUCACAACCUGGCCCGGGGGGGGCUGGGUCCUCAAAGGCGCCAAGUUCACCUCCGGCACCGUAGUCAAACUGGUGGGCAAGAAGAUGAAGCUGGAACGACCGGUGGUCAAGCGGUGGAAGGGGACGGUCAGCGCCGUGCUGUCGGUGCCGUCGCUCUGCCUCGGGCUCACGGGCGACAUCACGGACGCCACCGCGGCGGAAAAGAACGAGGUGUUGAUCGUGAACGGCUUCAUCGAGACUAUCGCCGGGUUUGCGGGCACCUGGGGCAAAGCCGUCGCGCAGUGGAACGACGAGCUCGAGAACUAUCUGAUGUAUAUCGGGUUGGCCGUCUACCAGGUCUGCCGGGUGGUCAAGUAUGGGUUGAAGGUGGAGGAUUUUGCAAUUGAAAAGCUGGACUGA